AUGACUAAGGACAACAGAUGCAACAAAUAUGCUGAACGGAGCUAUUAUACUCCAAGAAUAUAUUAUCCGAAGCCUGUCUGUCCAUUGUUAACGGAUGGAACUCAUCCCGGAAUAUCGAGUAACAAGAAACAAGCAGUUGAAGCUGCAAUCAACAGGCCAGAUUUUAUGGCCCGGAGUGUUUAUCCAUUGGACAAAACCUCCAAUUAUCCGUUAAUUCCUGGCCAAGUUCGAGGUGAACUUGUAUCGGGGCCCUCACAAUUUCUGUACACGCCUGAUUCGUCACUCGGUGCCAUUAGUAUGAAUGUGGGAAGGAAAGAUUUCAAUAACGCACGCCAAGGUGAUGCCUCAGCGCACUCUCACCAUCUUCGCCAAAUCCUAAAGGGAAAAGUCAAUAACGCUCAUGAUUUUGAAAAUGACGUGUCUGCGCCGAUAAGCAAUUUUUUGAGAAAGGCCGAUGAGGGAAGAUUGUUGAGGACUGUUGGCUAUAACAAGUGCUAUGGCACGUUCUUGUCUUUCGGCCAUGCACCUCAGAUUAAGGAUGGGAGCAACACACCCAUGGAUGUGAUUCACAAUGAAGGAUUGGACCUACAUCAUACAUUAGGUCACAACUACAGGGAAAACAUUAUUUCCGGCAGAGAUGAUGAAGAACCUAAACAUACGUCUGGCAUGGCCAUUGCUUAUAACAGUGCGAUUGUUGACUAUCCAAUAUAUGCUCAUUCUUCAGGAGCAACUAGCCAGAGGAACAUUAUUGAGCUGAAUGCUCAUCAAAAUAACAUGCCGGUCUAUGUGAUUCGCAACGGGGGAUGCAAUGCGCAUCGAACCUUUAAUGACAACAAUAAGCCCCAAGGAAAUGUUGUUUUUGGAGGAGUUAAGGUCACUGCCAAUGAUGAGGCAAUGGUAGACAAUCUGAGCUCUGCUCAAUCUUUGGGGUCAACUAGUCGAGUGGGCACAGUUGAGCCUAAUGCCCAUCCUUCUUCAGAGAGAAAUUCGAAUCCAGCAGGCAAUGCACAAAAACAUAAUGAUUUCGAAAGAGAGAAGCCAAAGGCGACUGGUGAGCCUUACCCUAAUGUAUACCUGUUAUCUGUCCCUAAUUUAUUAUCAACUGGAAUAUUUGAUGGUGCUCCGGCGAAGUACGUUUUGAAGAGGCGUAAUAUAAUGCUUCGUGGUGUUAUAAAAAGGCGGAAGAUUCUUUGUAGCUGCAAUCAAUGCAACAACUCUAAAUACGUUAGUCCCUACGUAUUUGAGCUCCAUGCUGGAGGGAGGACGAAGCAUCCGUAUACUUACAUCUACUUGGAGAAUGGCAAGACCCUCUACGAAGUUUUUCAGGAGCUGAGGAACACCCCAGAGGAUAUGCUUUUUGAUGCAAUUCCUAUCGUUGUCGGUUCCGCUUUUAAUCGGCCAAAUUUUCACCGUUGGAAAGGUCAUUCUAAUCUCUGA